AGUCUCAACAGCAAAGCUUAGCUUAUGUCAAUGGCGCGAGGCUUGUUGGUUUCUCCACAGACUAUAACCUCCUCACAGUUACUCUUAACUUCCAUUUCUGAAGCUUCACGCUUAACAAAAUUCCUAAAUUACCCUUCUUCAUCUUCCACCACUCACUUCCGUUUCUCUCUUUCCACUCCCUCUUCUUCUCGCUUUCUGUGUAGUUGUUGCAGUCGCCGCCAAGAAAAUGUACCAAUCGACAUGUCAGCAUAUUCAGAGACAUUUUCAAAGCGUAUGGCUAUGGCUGGUCUUAGACCCCAUCAUCGUAUUGUUUUGGGAGUUUCUGGUGGCCCUGAUAGCAUGGCCCUCUGUGUGUUAACUGCUGCAUGGAAAACCAAUAGCCUUGGUAUUGCUGCUCAAAAGAAUGAGUUCAUUGACGGGCUUUUGGCAGUGGUAGUUGAUCAUGGACUGCGUGCCGAGAGUAAAGAUGAGGCCAACCUUGUUCAUCGUCGAGUCACUAGCAUGGGGAUCAAAUGUGAGAUUGCUUCCUGUGAAUGGUCAGAAGGCAAGCCGAAGCAGGGUCACUUGCAAGAAGCAGCUCGCGAGAAGAGGUAUGAAAUUCUCCAAAGUGCUAGUAUCCGGCAUCAGAUUGGUGUGUUGAUGACUGCACACCACGCAGAUGACCAGGCGGAACUAUUCAUUCUCAGGUUAUCUCGUAAUAGUGGUGUGCUUGGACUUGCCGGAAUGGCAUUUGUUUCACAGCUGUUCUGUACAUGUCCAGAUUUAAGUGCUGAAGCGAGUGGCAAUGGAAUUUUAUUGGUGAGACCUCUGCUGGAGUUCUCUAAAGAAGAUAUGUAUAAGAUAUGUCUUGGUGCCAAUCAAGAAUGGGUUGAAGAUCCCACGAACAGAAGCACAUUAUUUACUCGUAAUAGAAUUCGUAUGACAUUGACUGACCUGUCAUCACCUAUCUUCAGAUCUGAGUUGCAAGCACUUAUUGCUGCUUGUCGGAGAACAAGGUUGCAUGUAGACCGCAUAUGUUCCAACCUGAUGCAUCAAGCUGUGACUAUCAUGCCUGAAGGGGAUGUGGUGAUUGACUUAGGAAUCCUCAGGCCUUCAGAAUUAAAGGACAUAGUUCUCUCGAAGUUUAUUGCUUUGUUGUUGCAGUUUGUUUCACAAAGGCAAAGACCUGUCAGAGGCAGGGCAUCAAAAUUGUUGUUAGACUACAUUCGGACUUCCCCAUGCAAGACCGCUGUUACUGCAUCUGGUUGUUAUCUUUGUCCUGCUCCUGGCUCCAAAGGCACUAAAGUAUUGGUUUGCUGCUCUACUGAUGCUGAUUUAGCUCUAGAGUUUCUAAAUCCAUACUUGACUGAAGGAAAAAACUGCUCUAUUUCAAAUGAGGUAGAGCAAAUUGUAGCAAAUGGGAGGUCAUACUCAGAUCAGUUCCCUCAAAAUACACUAGGAAUGCAAUUUUUGGACCUGACAUCUUCUGAUUCCAUACUAGUUGAAGCCAAAAGGGAAGGGAUUCUUGGUCAAUCUACCUACAAGAGCAUUAUUUCUCUACAGAGAGAGGAAAGCAAUAAUUUCGUGUCUAAAACUAAUAUUAUGCUUGAAAACAUGGUGCAGCACAAAGUAUAUACAGCUUCUGCUCCAAGCAAAGUACUCCAUCCUGAAAAAGUUGGCUACUUCAUGAACAGAUUUAUAGUGAAGUGGAAUCUGAGAAAGCAAAAUGCCUGCACUUUAUUUUCCAUGAAUAACUCCAAUCAAUUCCAAGAUUUUGGAGAAGAAAAAUGGAACUUUUGCAAUUCUUGUCUCGUUGGCCAUGAUCAGGUGGCCAGGGUCCGUUGCAUGGUUGAUGCUGAUUGGUUGUACCUUGCGACGUUAUCAAAGAGAGGGGAUAGCAGCAGUCUUCAUGAAGAAGAACUUUCCCUUUCAGUGGAGUCACGAGCAAUGAGCAACAUAAACUUGUGUUCUGCUUGUACAAAGAAAUCAGCUGAAAGAGCUCUCCUCUUAUUGAAGUCCAUUCCAGUCGCAGCAAGAAGAGUUUUACCUGUCUUAGUCAAUGUGGAUGGGGUGUUGCUAAGCAUACCAUGUGUGGGCUUCCAGCACUGUCCUUGCUUGGUGGCAUCAGCAACAUUUAAGCCAAAAAUACCGUUGGGUGGAGGUUACAAUUCAUUCCUCUAGCUGUUUCGCAAUGUAACCAAUGUGAUCUUGUUCAUCAUGAUUAGUGUAGCUGGUCCUCUGCAGUGUACCAGAGGGAAACGUCUCUACUAGCGAGAGGUAAUCUGAAUUUUGGACAUUGUUCGAUUAGGAUGCAUGGUACAUGUCUAAGAUGCAUAGAGACUCUAGCAUUGGUAGAAUCUGAAUAUUGACACUUAGGGUUUAGGACCUAGGGUUUAGUCCCUAUAGAGCACAUUAUAUCCAAGAAGCAGCUGGCAACUAUUUUCUUGUAUAACAACCGCUCAACAGAAACAUGAAAAGCUGCAGAUCCUUUUAGGUGGCAAUUGUGUCAAUGAGAAAGCUACAUUUGGAUGUAAAGUGAUUAACAUCUGUUGCAAUU